CUGGGGAUGGCCUUGGAGAUUUCCGAGGGAGCCUCUAACAGUUGCGGCUCUUUUGUCAGUCCUGAUUUGUUCAAUUGCAGAGCCACAACACUGCCAACCAGGAAGUUAGGUCUUUCCUCUUCUAAGUUUCUAGAAAGACUUGAGGGUUUUGAGAGCAAAAGGCUUUGCCUGUAAUCAAUCUGACAGAAAAGACCUUCACUGACUUUAUUGCAGUUCCGAGGGAGAAGAGCAAGGAGACAAUAGAAUGGUGCAAAAUUCUGCAGGACCAGUACUAAAAGGAGAAUCUUCCAGUGCGGUUCAGUAUGAAUAUAUGACAAAACAACUAUCAGCACAGGGAGCAUUGCAGGAGGGAAAGGGGGGGUUGGGUAAGGAGAUGCAACAGUAUUGGGAAACCCAGCGGCAGCAAUGGGGGAACACGGUAAUGCCUGAAUCAGUCCCCUGGGAAGAUGCUAAGGCCUUCCUCACCUCCUUUGAGGAAGUGGCCAAAGCCUGCCAGUGGCCUAAAGAAGAGUGGGCUACCUGGCUCCUGCCAGCCCUGAGCAGGGAAGCGGAAGAGGCCUUCAGGAGCCUGGAAGCCGGAGAUCAGGAGGACUAUGGGAAGGUGAAGGCGGCCAUCUUGCGAGGGGAUGCCCUGAGGAUGGAGGCUCAGCGCCAGCGCUUCAGGCAAUUCUGCUGCGAGGAGGUGGAGGACCCCCGAAGGGUCUACAGCCAGAUGCAGGAGCUUUGCCACCAGUGGCUGAAGCCGGAGAGACGCACCAAGGAGCAGAUCCUGGAGCUGCUGAUCCUGGAGCAGUUCCUGGCCAGCCUCCCGCCGGAACUGCAGGGCUGGAUCCGAGCAGGCGGGCUGGAGACGUGUUCCCAGGCGGUGGCCCUGGCAGAGGAGUUCCUCAUGAGCCAGGAAAUGGCCAAGGCAGGCAAGAUUUUCAUGCCCACAGAACAUGUGGUUGUUCAUGUAGAAAUGAAUGGAAUCAAUCCCAACAUGUAGAA